UUUGAAAGAUGAUGAUAGCGGAGACCAUGACCAGAAUGAGGAGAACAACACACAGAAAGACAGUGAGAAGGAAAAGAAUGAUCGAGAGAAACCACAGAGUACCACCAAGAGGAAGGCUGUUGUCCCAGGGCCAGCUGAGCACCCCUUGCAGUAUAAUUAUACAUUCUGGUACUCCAGACGGACACCCGGGAGACCCACCAGCUCACAGAGUUAUGAACAGAACAUCAAACAGAUUGGCACCUUUGCCUCCGUGGAACAGUUCUGGAGGUUUUACAGUCACAUGGUACGUCCUGGGGACCUGACAGGCCAUAGUGACUUCCAUCUUUUCAAAGAAGGGAUCAAACCUAUGUGGGAGGAUGAUGCCAACAAAAAUGGUGGUAAAUGGAUUAUACGCCUGCGAAAGGGCUUAGCGUCACGAUGCUGGGAGAAUCUCAUUCUGGCAAUGCUGGGAGAACAGUUUAUGGUGGGGGAAGAAAUCUGUGGGGCAGUCGUCUCUGUCCGAUUCCAGGAGGAUAUUAUCUCAAUAUGGAACAAGACAGCCAGCGACCAAGCCACAACAGCCCGGAUACGCGACACGUUACGAAGAGUGCUCAACCUACCUCCCAACACCAUCAUGGAAUAUAAAACACACACUGAUAGCAUCAAUCUUCCAGGCCCUGGUGACAGAGGCUCUUUAACAAGACUAGAAGAUCACGGUACACAGAGAGGACAGCUGUAUUUUUAAAUAAACCUAUUAUAGCUUACCACA